GGGCUCUUUGUUUUUCUCCUUAGGUGAUGGCCAUCGCCACUCUGGCCGCCUGCUAUAACAACAAGCAGGUGUUCAGGGGCGUAGUGAAGAUCCGGAAGGGACAAGCCGUCACUCUGAUGAUGGAUGCCACAAACAUACAGGCUGUCAAAGCCAUCAUGUACCAGUAUGUGGAAGAGAUCUACCAGAAGAUCCCCAGCACGGACCCUUCGUCCAACAAGACGCAGCAGAUCAUCGCCUCCAUCCGCGCCAUGAGCCUGCCCGGCGGCCCCAUGGCCUCGCGCCACCACUACUCCCCCAUCUACCUGUCGUGCGCCAUGCUGCUGGCCGCCCUCAGCUGGCAGUACCUCAGCACCAUCUCCAAGGCCGCCGAAGAGUACGUCCAGGCGGGCGAGAACUGAAGGGCGGGCAGGCGGUGGGAGAGAAGAGAUGGUCGGCGGACGGGCAGCAGAGGCGGGAGGCUCCUUGCCCCUGCUGGUGGGGACAGCCGGGUGCCACCGGGCCCGCGGGCGGUGAUGAGGACGGGACGCCGGUGGCCUGGAGCCCCUGGGGGGACAGCAUGGCGUCGCCAGGCUCCGCUCCUCACCUCUCUUGCUGCCUGCGUGGCUGGUUGCAAGCACCAAUCGGAGUCUUACUGUUUGGGGUUGAAUUUGGAUUUUGGUUUUUCCCUCCUUUCCUGUUGGACAGUUUACCUGAUUACUACCGAUUGGAUUUUUCUUUUUUUUUUUUUUUGGUUAGGAUGGUUGAAAUAGAAACUCCAGUUGCCUCUUUUCUUGCUUGAGAUUUGAGACCCCUUUCCAGCUCAGAGCCGCGGGACGGGAGCCUUUUCUGGGUUUGGCCUCCCUUUCUUACACAGCCCCUUUUCCCCACGCGGAGGGCUCUGGCUUCAGCCAGGAGGCACUGCACUUAGCCAGCAGAAAGCUCUGGCCAUCUUCUGGCCACCAGCCCGGGCUGGUUGCCCUCCUGGCACCUGGAACCAGGGGCGAUCUUCACCUUUCUGUCGUUGUAUUUGAGGAGGCUGCUAGGCUUGAAACGAGCCCUUUCCUUGCUCAGUGUUGGAGGCGUGCUGCUCUGGCUGCUGGAACGUGCACCCUGCCCAAAGCCGGCUCUUGCAGCUCCUUCGUACAGGUGGCACUGUGCGUUGCAAAGCUUUGGGUUUUAGCAGCUGGGGAGGUGGUGAAAGGGAGUGGGAAGGAGUUGCCCUGGGCUAAUGUGAGCACAGCCACCCACCUUUGCUGCAUGCUCUGGGCUCUGCACUUUUGUAGCCCAGAGGGAGCUCGGGGUGGCCCAGGCGGGUUUUCCUGGCCCACUUGGCUGCAGCUCGGGGUGCUGCGAGUGAGUCUGACGUGCAAACUGGAAGAGCUUUCCACUGCUGCUUCGAAACCCAUCAGCCUGGACUUCAAGCAGGCUGCGUUCCCACAGGGAACGCCAGGGGUGGGAAGAGGAAACGACUUUCAAGUCCUGUUUUCCUGGAUUUUUGCUUUCAGUCACCCUAAUCCCUCACUGCUGCUUUGGCUGUGUGAUGGGGGGGGGACAGCCUGGGGCAGGACAGGGCAAAGCCUACCCCUACCAGGGGCGUUUGGUGGCCUUUGCAAGGCCAAGCCUGUGUGGCCAGACUGUUACUUGGAGGAAGCAGCCCUGCUCCACGAGUACCUAUGUAGAUAGUUUUAAGCUGUUGUUCAAAAACCUUGCGGUAGCUCCCUUUGUGCAGCUUCCUGUUGUUGACAUUAAAGUUUUCUUUGGAAAAAAAAAAAAAAAA